CAUGUUGACCCAGGCGCUCUUUAUCCCGCACGGACUACCACACUACCGCGCUAACACUGCCGGCUCUAUAUACUCGGGUGUGCUCCCCCGAUUGUGCAAUGGCCUUUGCCCAUGAAGGUGUGGUGCCGCGGGACUAGGGGGCGUUGCACGGAUACAAGGUAAACACACCAACAGAGACGAUCAGCUCUUCUCUCCACGGUAAACUACUGCUCUUACAGAUGACGGAAGCCCCAGCGGUCGACGGGACGUUGAAAUCAGACGACGUCUCGGAAAUUUUGGACGAGCUUGUGGAGGCGCAGAACCAGUCCUACGUGCUCGGGCUCAAGCUACUGCCGCAACACGAGGUGGAGGCUAUUCACUGCCGAUACCAGGAUCCCCUAGAGCGUCUGCUGCGCAUUCUUCUUGCCUUCACGAGGCAAAUCCAGCCCAGACCGACAUGGAGGGUCAUUGUGGAAGCUCUCAGGAGUCCUUCUGUCAAUCUACCAGCAUUAGCUGCGAGGGUGGAAGCAACUCAUUUCCCUGACUCUACCGCAACACAUGACGUGGUACCUGAGGCUACUACUGAGUCUGCAGCCAACACUACUGCUGGUGAUGAUGAGGUCAAAUCAAAGCCAUCUUCUCAACUGAACCCUGCUAAUAUUACGGCAGUGGAGACUGAAAUCAAACGCCUUCACAAGAGGUUCAACGCUCUAAAGGACCUUGCAAUCCAAGGCCUACAGAAGAUGCUGUAUUGCCGUCCUAACAGUUGUCUACAUUCUCACCAACAUUCGGACACACGAGCAUCGAAUAUUUCUGAAAGAGAAUCACAAGGCUCUUCGCCAGUGUGAAGACCAUCUUGAGCUGUUUGGAUCUCUCAACUUCUACUGGAACUACCUCGCACCUGAUCUGCUCGACCACCUGAUCGGAGAACUGACUGAGAGACAUGAGGAUUUCAACACGACUGCUAGUGAGAUGACCGCCUACAAGAAGGAUCUGGAAGAGUUUAAAAAGCGUACGGCAUUGGUUCUGUUCUGUGAGGCUGACCCUCGGCCGCUCGAUGAAGAUCCUCCACCUGGCUUCAGGAAGAUGGUAGUCAAGUUUGACUGGCCCCGAACUGCAACACUGGAGGACGUUGAGAAGUUCAGGAGACGAUAUGCCAGCAGCUACGACCUUCAGACAUGUGCCAUGAUGCUGAACAGCAUUGGGACUGGAUCUUUCACCGUCACUUGGUUCGUACCUGUCUCAGUGGUGGAGAUGUUGAGGAAGAAGAGAGCAUUAGCUGUCUUCAAGGAGUUCAGUGUCACUAGACUAGACAUCCACACCUCAACACAGAUUUGUGUCUACCA